CUUGAGCGUCACAUCGCAGAGCUUUCCCUGCCGCCGGAUCUCGCCCAUCACUCCAUACCCGCGGCUGGGCAGGUCUCCCACCGAGAAAUGCACCAGAUCCUCGGGAUCCAGCUCCGGGUCCGCCGCCGCCGCCGCUUCCAGCAUCGUCCCGGCCACUCCCGUGCCGCUGCCGUCCCGCUUCGCCCCCGCCGCGCGCUGGCCCCGCCCGGCCGCCGUACGCGGGGCCGCUUCCGGGCGCUCCCGGAACAUGCCGUUGCCAUAGAGAACCCGGAAGUGGACGCUGCCAUGGCGACCCCGGACGCCACGCUGGACUCGACUGUAGAGGGCUCGCAGGAGGAAGAAGAACAGGAGAGCUCUGAGAGGCUGGGAACGAAACAGCGUUCUGCCACACCAGAGAGCAAACAAACGGACCAGGAGAAGGAGCAGAAGCAAGACCAAGAGCAGGAGAAGGACAAGAACAAGGACAAAGAUGAGGACAAGGAGCAGGAGCAGAAUGAGGACCAGGAGAGCAUCAUUUCCUCACUGCUCUCUGAUGCAGAGCCCAAGGGUGGCAGCCCCAGAACACCAAAGCGAGUCCUGGUGUUCGUGCGGGUCAAGCCAAGCUCUCAUUUUGCCCAAGAUAUGAUCAAGUUUGGCUCAGACAACAAGACCAUCGAUAUCUACAUCCAGAAGAGUCCCAGGGCAGGAGUUGUGAAUAACUCUCAGACUGACUGGUCCUUCAGGCUGGAUGGGCUCCUCCACAACGCUUCCCAGGAGCUGGUUUAUGAAACAGUGGCCAAGGACUUGGUGGCCAAAGCUUUGCAGGGCUACAACGGCACCAUCAUGUGCUAUGGGCAAACUGGGGCUGGCAAAACCUACACCAUGACGGGAGCAGCCUCAGAGUACAGGAACCGAGGGAUCAUCCCCAGGGCAAUCCAGCAGAUCUUCAGGUCAGCCGCAGAAUUCCUGAACGUCCUGGUGUCCGUCAGCAUUUCCUACCUGGAGAUCUACAACGAGGCCCUGUUUGACCUGCUGGCGCCGGCGCUGGGCCCGCUGGCGGUCACGGACGGCCCGCAGGGCGCCCACGUCCGGGGGCUCUCCAUCCACCCCGUCAGCCACGAGGAGGAGGCGCUGCACCUCCUCUUCGAGGGUGAGACCAACAGAGUGAUAGCAGAGCACAGCCUGAAUAAGAAUUCCUCCAGAUCCCACUGCAUCUUCACCAUGUACAUUGAGUGUCGUUCCAGGGAUUACACAAAGCACAAAUGCCUGAAAUCUAAAAUCACCUUAAUUGACCUGGCAGGGUCCGAGAGGCUGAGCAAGACUGGGUCUGAGGGCCGGGUGAGGGUCGAGGCCUCCUACAUCAACAAGUCCCUGUCGUUCCUGGAGCAGCUGGUGAUCGCCCUGGCCGACCCCCGGCGGGAGCACAUCCCCUUCCGCCAGAGCAAGCUCACCCACGUGCUCAAGGACUCGCUGGGGGGAAACUGCAACACUGUCCUGGUGACAAACAUCUAUGGGGAAGCUGAGCAUGUGGAAGAGACUCUGUCCUCCCUCCGCUUUGCCACCAGGAUGAACUGGGUGACAGCAGAGCCUGCCCCCAACGAGCCCUUCUACCGGGAGGCAUCAGUGAAGGCUCUGGAGAAGGAGAUCCAGCUCCUGAGGCAAGAGCUGAUCAUGCAGGACGCCUUGUCAAAUCGUUCAGGCAUGAGUUACACGCCCCUGACUACGAGCCAGAGAGCAGAAAUCAGAUCCCAAGUCCAGAAAUACCUCAGAGGACUCAUUCAGGAAAUCAACAUUGUGAGUGUCAGGCAGAUCCAGGAGGUGUUUAGACAGUUCAAAAUGAUUGUAAGCCAACAGGAGGAAGAAGUGGAGUUCAGGCUGUGGAACAAGUACAGGCUGGGACAGAGGGACAUCACUUCAGGGUCUGAGUCUGACUCCAGUUCCGACCUGCGUCUGCCCAAGGCUGAGCAGCAGCAGCAGCAGGGCCAGAGGGACACGGGAGGUGCAGCUGCUAAGGGAGAGGCUUUGGAUGCAGGGACCCUUGAGACUGGAGGUGCUUCCACACCAUCCAAGAAGGAUGAAGAGAAGGAAAGAGGUGAGAUCCCUCCUGAGACAAGUGAGGGUGACUCUGCAAGUCCUGCCAAGGAUCUGGGUGAGGAAGAGGAAGGAGGUGACCAGGAGAGUGAUGAAGAGGCCUCAACCUCAUCUUUGGAAGAUUCCCAGAAGCUCAGCACCCCUCCAUCCAAGCAGGAGGCGUUUGAGAUGUUUAAGGAGGAGGCUGGGCAGGAGAUCUACAGGAUCUUCAGGGAGAACAAGAGAAUCCUGGCUUCCAGGAAGAAGAGGAGCCGUUCCGUGGUACAGAGGAUCAACCACAUCAAGCAGCAGGUGGAGGGAAUCAAGGAGGCUCUGGAGGCGCGGAAGAGGAAGCGGAGCCAGGAGGGGGAGUACACGGAUGAGAAGGGGCAGCUGAUCAUCGACGAGAAGGAGUUUGCCCUCAUCCAGAAGCUGAAGGAGCUGACAGAGGAGCACAGGACUGGCUUCAAUGAGCUGCAGGACCUGAAGGUGGAGAUCCAGUACUGCCAGCAGCUCGUGGACAAGUCCAGGAAAAGGCUCAUCUCAGAGUUUGAGAUCUGGUACAGCGAAUGCUUCCUUAUGCCCAAAGAUGUGAGGGAAGCUCUGACGCCGGGUGGGAACAUCAGACCUGGAAUGAUUCCCAUAAACAGAAUCAUGUGCCUGGAGGAGGACGAGCAGGACAAGUUUGAGCAGAUGCAGAAGAUGGCCCUGCCUGACUGCCCAAGCUCCGUGUCCUUCUACAGGGCCAGGAUGAAGGUAGAUCAAAAGCAAAGCUUCAGCAGGAGCCUGGCGCCCCUCCGGAAAACGCACAGGAAGCCGGGAGCGGGCUCGGCCAGCGGGAGGAAGAAGGGCCUGUCCUUCCUGCCCUUCACAUAGCCUGCCUGCAGCACUCCCCAAGGAAUGCCACCUCAGGAAACGCCUCAUGCCAGCGUCCACCAUGGAUUCAGAGAAAUAAACGGCAGCAGAAACGAA